AUGUUUGUCGUCGACGAGAAGGCCCGAAAAUUCAUCGACGACUUGAUUAAAGAUCUCGAAAAUCGGCGCGAAAUUGAGAAAAUCCUCGAAAAAUCGCAAUUUUCCACCGAAGACUUUGAUCAAAUCUCCGAGUUAUUGCCGGAAAAUGUGGAGUAUUACAAGUUCUUGAUGCUGGUGAAGCCGAAAGAAGUGAAAGAAGAGCGUCCGCCGCCAACAAAAGAGUAUUUGGACAGAAUUGAGAGGCUGAAAUUGGAGGCAGAGAAGAGGGAUUACGAUCAAAUGGUGUCGUCGGUGGAUUCCAGUCAAAAUUAUGGGCAUACGGCGUUCUUCAAGGACUUUGGAAAGGUAAAUUACCAAGUUUUGUGAAAGAUUUUGUCAUUUUUAGAUCAAAGUUUUAACAAAUUCCAAAAAAUAUGUCAUGACUACGGAUUUUAUGAACAAUUUGGGUCAUUAUGACGAAUUUACUAUCCGUUCUAUACCCUGAGGACUUUUUUACAACCACUUUUUAGAUUAGAAAGUAAUAAAAGUCCCAAAAUUUGCACAGUGCAAAUUAAAAAGAUUGAUCGCACAGUGCUGUUUUAGGAAGAUUUUUUUGCACGGUGCAAGUAAAAAAUGGAUCGCACAGUGCAAGUUUUUAUAUUUUUUUGCACUGUGCGGUUUUGAAAAUUUGUCUGCACCGUGCAGUUUUUGAUAGUAUUUUUUUCGCACAGUGCGUUCCUUUUGUCGCUUUGAGGGUUCCAAAAUUUGCACGGUGCAAAUAAAAAAUGUAUCGCACAGUGCAGUUUUUUGAAAAUUUUUUUCGCACGGUGCAGUUGUGAAAACUUGUUUGCACUGUGCAGUUUUGAGAAAGAUUUUUCGCACAGUUCAGUUUAAAUAAAAAAAUUUUGCACAGUGCAAAUAAAAAGAUGGGUCGCACAGUGCAUUUUGGGUCAAAAUUUUUUUUUGCACAGUGCAGUUUUAGGAAUUUUUUUUGCACGGUGCAGUUUUAAUAAAAAAAUUGCACAGUGCAAUAACGCGUUUUUGAAAUACUGAUUUCAAACACUUCCAGGAGCUAAAAGAGUCGAAUCGGCACGUAAUCGGAAUCGUGAACAUGAUGAUCACCGUCUUCGGAGGCUUCAUGUUCGGUUUCUACGGCAUCUCCAUGGCCUACCCGGCCUGGAAUUUGGACUCAACCACCCGAACUCUUCUCGGACUCGGAAUCGGCACCAUUUUCUUCUUCGUGGACCUGUAUUUCUUCGUCAAAACACUGGACGAAGAGAGCAAAGAGCAGGCCAAAAAUGAUCCCAAAGUUUUCUCGUUGAACACCAAAGGCGUUGGCCAUGAGAAUGUGGUCGAACACACAACAAAAGUCAUCAAAAACACGGGAAAAGCAAAGAAAAAGGCGAAAAAAUUGGAUUAG